GUGUGUGUGUGUGUACAAAAGUAUUCACAUAGCGAACGAUAGUUUGCGUUUUCCCAAAAGUUAACAAUACGAAAGUUCGAUCGCAAGUUUCGAAUUUUAUUACGUGAUGAGAGAGAUAGUAUUUGGUAUUUGACAGUCAAUCUCAGACUGGCAAAACAAAUAUCUUUGUUUAAUUAGAUCGCCGAUUUAUAUAGCAUGAGUAUUUUUAUGAUAUUGUAUGAGUUCGAGCUGUUCUAGCUUCAUGAGAGAACCGCGACGUUCGGAAGAUUCACGCGAUAACCUAGAAUAAGAAUGUUUCGUUGCGCGAAACUGCACACGCUGAUGAUUGAUUUGGAUGAUGAUAUAACGUCGAUAUUACGUUUGGAGUAAUCGCAGAGACUCUUGGAAUCUUGAAAUUCACAUUCACGCGACUAAAUUAAACGACAAACGUACGUGUCGCAUAGUUCCGUCCGAUAGGAAGGAUUACUUAAAAUUUAUUAUGCUGCAGCGACAGAUUAAUAUUGCGUCAAGAGAAGAUCGAGUUUUUGAAGGGAUGACUCAGUUAGAGCUGGAUCCUCAAUUCACGCAGGGGUUGCGGCUGCUGUAUUCCACCAACAAGGAUUCUGCUGAACAGCUACGAGCUCUGUUAGAUGAGGCAAUUAAACAAAAGUACGGACCAUCCAAAAUGCUUUCCAAUGUGCUGCAUAAAAAGUACAUGAUGGAAGAGCCAGUGUUGAGCGAUCACAGUAGCAGCAGCAGUAAGAAAAGCAAGAGCUCUAGCUCCUCCAAGCACUCGAACAAAUCGAGCAAGAACAGCUCGCCGGUUAAUUUGCCAGCGCGCGACACUCCACCGGAUAUUCUACAGUCCGAUGAUACGCUGGCGUUGGAAAUUCUAGAGGAUGAUCUUACAUGUGUUAUUUGCAAGGGGAUGGAUGUCGGAGCGAGAAAUAGACUUGUGGAAUGUCAGGAGUGUCAUUCUCUGUAUCACCAGGAGUGCCACGUUCCCCACAUCUUGGACUCGCAGAUAGAUAACGUGCCGAAACAAGUGUGGUAUUGCUCCAACUGUUCAAAGUCUCAGGUCUCGAAAGAAAGGAGUUCACCAAAGACUGUGAUAGAAAAUAAAUCUAAGGAGCAGAAGAAAUCUAGCUCAAGCAGUGGAACUAAGGUUACACCAAAUAUCCAUAUUAUCAGUGCGGAUAAAAGACUGAAAGACAUGAUGAAGAAAGCUAAGCAGGAUAAACGUAAUACAGGUACUGCCACAGGUUCAAAGAGCUCUUCAUCCAGUUCUCCUGCAUUAUCCUCAGCCAAAUCUCAGGAUAAAUCAUUAUUAUAUAAGAUAAAGUCAGGGGUAGAAUAAACUGCUGAUUUUAUGAAAUUAUGAGAAAAAAAUAGCAAAAUAAAAAGUAAGUAGUAAGAUCAUAUACACAGCGUAUUUUAGAGAAAUAAUAUGAAAAGUUUUAUUGAUAAUGUAAUUAUUUUGUAAUUAAUUUUGUUAAUUUAAGAGAAAAGGCGACAAUUUUUAUUGUUAUUUUUUGUUAAUAUAUUUACGACUGAAGAGAAAGAGAAUAAGAUCAUGUCCCCUUAUGACAAAGACAAAUCCUAAAUAGACGAUACUAAUGUGUGUAUUUAUAUUGAAGUUUAAUCUCGAAUUACAUUCAAUCAAUAUUAAUACAAUUGGGCCUUUGUGUAGUGUCUGAAUUUCUUACUGCCUAUAUAAAUACAAUUCCAUAUUAUACAAUUUAUUAAUAAUUGUACAAACGUGCCAUGUAAAUUUGUUAUCUUUAAGCUUUUCGUAUUAUUAUUACAAAAAUAUUAAGUAUGUAGAAAAUAAUGACAUAAUAUUACUAUAGCUAAUAAUUAUUACACACGUAACAUCAUUCGUAAUACAAGUCUGCGUUGAUAGUUUUAAUGUAAAUAUACAAUAGAUCAUUUUUUUAAUAUCUUUUUAUUGAGAUAUUUAUAAAAGGAAAGCGAUAAAAUUAUAUAAACUUCACAUAUCUCAAGAUUGCGUAUUAAUUGUACUAUUUUAUAUAUAUGUAUAGAGCAUAUACACAAUUUUCGUCACCGAAACCAACGGUUUCGUACCAAAUAUGCUAAUUUAUUACCGGCGUAACGAUACAACAUCGACGCCGAAAUUGAUGGUACUGUUACAAAUGCACAGUGAAAAACUAUACAUACGCACCAAGUACGUUCUACCGUAUACAAGAUAUACAUGUAAACUCGUGUACUCCGCGAAUGCGGACGUGAUUUAGUUGUGACAUACAAGAACUCAAAAUUAACGUAACAAUUUGCGUAACAUUUGACGAUUCUUUUGGAUAGAUUAUUUCCAAAAAGUUCACAUUUCGCGUAUCUCUGUAUAUUUAUAGUAACGAUAUUUAGAUCUUAGCGCAUCAACGAGCUGUGAUAAUUUUGCAUGGGCGUGCGGCGCUGUAUCGUGUGUGCCCGUUCAAUUACAAUAAAUCUUUACAAAGAUUUUCCAAAAGAAAAUUUAGCGCGUGAAGAACCGAAAGAUCAUCCGCACGUGUCCUUGCGAGCUCUCGGAUAAAUGGUGACAAAUUAUACCGACUGCAAAUUAUAGGACACGAUCCCAUGUCCUGAUCGUAAGCUGAUAGCAAGUCUGUACAGCUGAGACUGCGGGUGGGCAAGAAUAACGAAGAGAUAACGAGAAUACUAGUCGUUUAGAAUACCAAUAUAUUUCUUGCGAUUUUUCUUUUAAA